AUGCCUACCUCUUUAUAUCUUUCGCGCCCGUCGCGCACUGCGGGUUUAUCCUCUCUCUCUCAAGAUACUUUCUAUAUAUAUAUAUAUAUUUCUCGGGGCACAGUAUCAAGCCGGGCUUCGGCUGCCAGCUACGAUAUAUUGGGUUGUCAUCUCUCCCUUGAUGCCAAAAUCACGAAUCUGUACGUCUUUCUUCUUCAUGGCCGUCUCUUCAUCUCUGACAAUAUCAUCUUCUGCAGAGCCUCCGUGCUGACAACAUGUGCUGGCCCAAGUCGCCAGACUGCAGCAUUGGCGGGCCGUCUACAGGUCGCACCCAGCACUGUCUCUCAGGAAGUCAAGAUAGACCCUGACAGUCCCUUCGACUACCAGUUUCCUAAAGUUUCUGCUGAGCAGUUGAAAAGGAUCAUUCACAAGCUCUUUGGCCACCCAAACAUGUUCACCAUCCAUGAUUGUCAGCGCGCCACCGCUGGAUGCAUGUUAAAUUACAAACAGAAUGCUAGGAGCACUGGAAAUUGCCGCAGCCCGAGCUUCGCUUUGUGUUUUCUUCCAGAGACUUGCCGCUGGUCUGCAAAGGGUGCUCUUACGGGCAGAGACAUUAACCAGAGAAACAUUCAGCAACGCAUCAUUGUUCAUCUUGCGAGGCGCUGGAGAUCCCAUAAUUUCCCGGCAAACGCCCAGGCUCCGGAGAAGGAUAUCAGCGAAGCAUUCAUAAAAGAUCUGGACAACUAUAUACUAAAUUUCCAUCCGCAAAGUGGUUCCCAAAAGAUGGCAGCUUUAUCGCCAGGCUUUCCGCCAGAGCUGCGCGAAAUGGCUGUCAAGCUGCUGGAUGCAAGCAGUCUUGAUGCGCUGACGAAAGCGUCUAAACAAUGCAGACAACUUUUUGGUCUUCGAUUAUUUUACCACAUGGCAUUCAGAGGAUCCGAGAAAGUCGUAGAGCAAGGCCUCAAGACACUCCUUCGACCUUCUGCUCAUAUUUUGCCGCGACCUCUUGGACAAGUCUGUCAUGCUAUAUUCUUCAUUUCGGGAGGACGACCACUACAGUCCGAUAAACACAGCCAUCGGCAAGCACAAGACUACCCCCCUUCGCUCCCCAGUGACGAGCUGCCGACACUAUUCCGCCAAGCAUUGCAGGAGAUGCCACUUCAAUCCAUCUCUGUGAAUGUUGAACUGGCAUCCCCCACCUUGCCCGGAAGACUGGCGCGAGGCCUUCGCUGUUUGACGGCCGACAGAGCCCCCAAAAACUUUUACCACAUGGUGCGCGACAUGUGUACCCCAGAAUCACUAGAGUCACUGCACAUCCAUGAAGAUAUUAACCCAAUCUUCACGAAUCUCAUCCAAACCGUCAGAUUUCCGAAUCUCAAGCGCCUUUUUGCCGUCCUCAACGAAGACAGGGCAGACUGGGGGGUAGUUCCAGUCAGAACCCUGAAUGAGCUUGUCGCCUGCAGAUGCCAGGGGCUUGAAUGGCUGGUUCUUGAUCACAAGCAUACUCUACGUGAGACAUCCGCACCAGACGAGUCUUUGAUGAUACAUCCCGUCUCGCUUGCAGACCUUGACAUUCUGACCAUUGUUGUUUCUAGGACGUGA